AUGGAGCGUCCAAAACCCAAGGUCCUCCCAGCGGGGCACUGCUGCUCCUCCCUGCGCAUGCGGGCCUCGGAGGCCGGCAGCGGGAGGUUCUCAGUGCCACCCUCCAUCAGCAGGAGCUCGGCCAUGGUGAACGAACCCAGAGGGAACGGUGGCCCCAGCCCCCGCUGUGAGGGCAGCAGCAGUGGCAGCGAGAGCUCCAAGGAUAGUUCAAGGUGCUCCACACCGGGGCCGGACCCAGAGCGACACGAGAGACUCAGGGAGAAGAUGAAGCGGAGGAUGGAAUCUGGUGACAAGUGGUUCUCCCUAGAAUUCUUCCCUCCUCGAACUGCUCAGGGCGCUGUCAAUCUCAUCUCGAGGUUUGACCGGAUGGGGGCAGGUGGUCCCCUCUUCGUGGAUGUGACCUGGCACCCAGCAGGGGACCCUGGCUCAGACAAGGAGACCUCGUCCAUGGUGAUCGCCAGCACCGCCGUGAACUACUGUGGCUUGGAGACCAUCCUGCACAUGACUUGCUGCCACCAGAGCCGGGAAGAGAUCACGGGCCACCUGCACAAGGCCAAGCGGCUGGGCCUGAAGAACAUCCUGGCGCUGAGGGGAGACCCCAUAGGUGAUCAGUGGGAAGAGGAGGAAGGAGGCUUCAACUACGCCACAGACUUGGUGAAGCACAUCCGAAGCGAGUUUGGUGACUACUUCGACGUCUGUGUGGCAGGUUACCCCAAAGGCCACCCCGACGCAGAGAGCUUUGAGGCCGACCUGAAGCACCUGAAGGAGAAGGUGACUGCGGGAGCCGACUUCAUCAUCACCCAGCUUUUCUUUGAGGCCGACACGUUCUUCCACUUUCUUAAGGCUUGCUCCGAGAUAGGCAUCACCUGUCCCAUCCUCCCCGGAAUCUUCCCUAUUCAGGGCUACCACUCCCUCCGGCAGCUGGUGAAGCUGUCCAAGCUGGAGGUGCCACAGCAGAUCAAGGACGUGAUCGAGCCAAUCAAAGACAACGACGCCGCCAUCCGCAACUACGGCAUCGAGCAGGCGGUGAGCCUGUGCCAGGAGCUUCUGGCAAGCGGCCUGGUGCCAGGCCUCCACUUCUACACCCUCAACCGUGAGAUGGCCACCACGGAGGUGCUGAAGCGCCUGGGCAUGUGGACCGAGGACCCCAGGCGUCCCCUGCCCUGGGCCGUCAGUGCCCACCCCAAACGCCGGGAGGAAGAUGUCCGUCCCAUCUUCUGGGCCUCCAGACCAAAGAGUUACAUUUACCGCACCCAGGAGUGGGAUGAGUUCCCCAACGGCCGCUGGGGCAAUUCCUCCUCUCCAGCCUUUGGGGAACUGAAGGACUAUUACCUCUUCUACCUGAAGAGCAAGUCCCCAAAGGAAGAGCUGCUGAAGAUGUGGGGGGAGGAGCUGACCAGUGAAGAAAGCGUCUUCGAAGUCUUUGCCCACUACCUCUCAGGAGAGCCGAACCAAAACGGCUAUGAAGUGACUUGCCUGCCCUGGAAUGACGAGCCCCUGGCGGCCGAGACCAGCCUGAUGAAGGAGGAGCUGCUGCGGGUGAACCGGCGGGGCAUCCUCACCAUCAACUCCCAGCCCAACAUCAAUGGGAAGCCGUCCUCUGACCCCGUCGUGGGCUGGGGCCCCAGCGGGGGCUAUGUCUUCCAGAAGGCCUACUUAGAGUUCUUCACUUCCCGAGAGACAGUGGAGGCGCUUUUGCAGGUGCUAAAGAAGUACGAGCUCCGGGUGAAUUACCACAUCGUGGAUGUGAAGGGUGAGAACAUCACCAACGCUCCCGAGCUGCAGCCCAACGCAGUCACUUGGGGCAUCUUCCCUGGGCGAGAGAUUAUCCAGCCCACAGUGGUAGAUCCGGUCAGCUUCAUGUUCUGGAAGGAUGAGGCCUUUGCCCUGUGGAUCGAGCAGUGGGGCAAGCUGUAUGAGGAGGAGUCCCCAUCCCGCAUGAUCAUCCAGUACAUCCACGACAACUACUUCCUGGUCAACCUGGUGGACAACGAGUUUCCGCUGGACAACUGCCUGUGGCAGGUGGUGGAAGACACGUUUGAGCUUCUCAACAGGCCCCCCUGCAGCGAGAGGGAGACGGAGGCGCCAUGACCCUGUGCCCUGACACCCUUAGUUUGAGGCCACUGUGUCCUGCCUUCCUCCUCUCCGUCCUGCUUCUCUGGGAGACCCCUGUUCUCCUUCGUUUCUCCCCACCGCCUGACAUGAUGAUGGCAGCUAGACUGGUGUGAGGCUCCCGGGCUCUGGCUGGACCUGAGUCUGCCCCACGCGGGAGCCUGGCGUUCCCUGCUCAGCUGAAAGUCUGUGCUCUGGCGGGGAGCAGCCCCAUCCCGCAGAGGAGCACGUGGGCGGGUAGCAUCCUCCCUGAGAAGGGUUGUUGCUGACAGAGCCCCCAGAAGCCAGCCUGGGACUGCCAGUGACCUUGCUCUUGGGGCCUGUGGAGGAUGGGCAAAGCGAACAUGGCAGCAGGCGCUGUGGGAUUGCAGAGGAGGCGUGGCAAGGUCAAGGCGCUGCAGCCUUCCACCUCCAAGGCGUUGGCAGCUGCGCGCUACCCACCUGGGAAUGAAGGGGCGGACCACUGCCCUCCAGGCACCGGCCCCUGGACGGACCUUGGACUGAAACCUAAUAGUUCUCACCUCCUUCCAGCUCAGCUGAGUUUCUCCCCUUUCUACAGUGCUGCUUUUGGAAACAGUUGUCUCUGUUCCGGUGGCUCGAGAGAGAAAGUGCCUCUUAAGGGUUGAAGGGGUCUGAACCC